CACAGAGAAUCUACUUAGAAUCUACGGGAAUUCCAAGCUGAAGACUGAUUUGACUCUUUUUUAGAACGUUCCAUCGAGAUAAAUUCAUCACCAUGCCUGAUGUCAAGUGUGUCUGCUGCGAUGAGGGCAAGUGCGCCUGCGCUGGCCAAGAAUGCUGCCAGACAGGAGAAUGCUGCAAGGAUGGCGCAUGCUGUCCAAAGGGAACAUGCUGUGAUAACAAAUGCAAAUCAUGCAAGUCAUGCUCCGCUGAUUGCUGCACUGAUGGAUGUAAGUGCACUGAGGGCAACUGUGCCUGCUAGAAGGACUUUGCUGCAGCUCUAGCGAUGAAAGAUUGUAGAUACACUAUAAUUUAUGAAUGAAGUCAAUCUCUUCUGCAGACGUGCUCCACGAAGAUUUGACCUGUAUAUUCUUGAUCUGAUGUCUAUAUUUUUUUUUGUAACAUAGAUGUACAAUAGUUUGCUUUAUAACAAAAAAAUAAGCUGAAAUAAAUUGUAUUAUUUUUUAUAAAGAAAAAAUAAGCUGAAAUAAAUUGUUAUUUUUUUAAAGAAAGUAUGAAACCAAAAGGCAUUAAAAUUCUUAAAUACUGAAACACAGUGAUUGACGUUAAUACCUAAAAUCAUGCAAUGAUAUUUUUUUUGUAAUUCUUUUACUUGCACGAAAUCAGUAAAUCUGAUCACGCUGAUGGUGACCCAGCAUGGCAAUACUCCUCUGAUUAAAUCUAAAGAAAUCUAAA